CAUUAUUUAUGUAUUACUGGUAUCUACAUUGGUGUUAACGAAGGUCGUGUCUAAUGCGCUUGAUAGCUGAACUGUCUGGCGCACACAAAGCAACAUUUGCUACGAGACCCGUAUAGAGCGGAAGUUUAAUUUGUAAGGCACUAUACCACAAGACAUUACUUGUGUAUUGGAUGUUCACAAUGUCUGAGCCCGUGGAGCAGCAGAAUGUUGAAUCAACUACAACACCAGGUCUAGACAAACAGCAGACUCGGAUUCUUACUAAGAAUCGUGGCGGUUUAUGGAUGAGCAGUACUACUACGAAGGUCUUUGGAAGUGGCUCAAAUGGCUUAUUACCUGGGAGGACCUUGCCAAAGAUAUCUUUGGGUGAUGCCAACACCCGUCGUACUUGUGGGCCUACGCACCUAGCAACCAGUAUCAUGAUUAAUGGUGGUCGUACGGGUGAUUACAGCAGCUUCAUAGGAAAUAGAAGCACAACAGUGAAUCCACUGGGCCAAUUACAACGACACACUAUUGGCGCAGCUCCUACCAAGCAGUACACCAUGUUACCUCUAAGAUCAAAAUUACAUGAUAUAUCUAGUACUAACAAACCUGAAGGUGCUUUUACUGGUGAGAAUCCAUUUGAGUCCUCGGAAGACUGCUUUUCGGUGCCACGUCACCAGGGUAAAAUGCCAACUGCAGCUUAUUUGGGGGAUUCACAAAGCUCUGAUGGGUGCUUCACAAGUAAUGACUUUGCGGCAAUAUUGCCAAAUAAGGUUGAUGGGAAAAAUACGUCAACUUCGUCUGCUACUACUAGAUCUUCUGUUAAACGGCAGGUGACCACUGAUAUCGUGGACACCGGUUCAAGCAGGUCAAUCACUAGUGGUUUCCGCCGUGGCAUGGAAAUAUUCACUACCUACAUAAAGCACAUGAUGAUGAAGAUUAAAAUGUCCAUCACGGGCAUGUGCUCUGGCGCCAACAAGAGGCGGCCCAGGGUGAUUGAGCACUCUAGGCCGAUGAAACCAGGCAGUAAACGGGACAUUACCCAUUCUGAUACUAUCAGCAGCUCGUUUUAAUUACAUGGGAAGCAUUUGAAUUCAACAGGGUCUAUGUUCACCUACUACGGAUGCACCAUGUCUAAUCCAUUUAGUCUUUAAUAUUUACCGAAAUG